AUGGAAAAGGGGCACGAGGUGUACAUCCUGCAAGAGUCCCGUCAGUUCACCGGCGUCGGACGGCCGACGUCCCUCCUCCCGCCGAACACGACCAGACGCAGGAGACUCACGACGACACGCCACAACAGGACGCGGGUCUUUUCAUCGGACCUCCCCGCCUUCGGCAAGGGCAGCGCGCCCACAGUAUUUGGCAGGAGUCCACAGGAACCAAAGAGAUCCUCCACCAAGCACAAGUCGCUGAGUGAGCUGCUCCUGCAGGAGGAAACGGUGGCGAGACACGAGAGGAAGAGCCCCAUCACCUUCGCCCCGCCUGUGUACAAGCCGGGUCCCGCCGUCGUUAAGUUCGCGCCGGACCUCGGUGACCUCAGGAAAGCGGGCCUCGUCGGGCAGCUCGAUAUGAAGAAAGUGACUAAGGGAAAAACGAUUGAAGACGGAGAAAUCAGCGAGAGAAUACAGAAACAGGGAAGAAAAAGAAAUUCAGAGACCGAAACGAAAAUUCCAGAUUACGUAUCUAGCACGACAUUUAAACCCAAGUUCGUAUACAAAGACGUCGGGACACAGAACAAGAAAAUUUCGACCUUCGACGGAGUUUCUGAAGAAAUGGCUCUCUACGUGGAGACUGCGCACAGUCCGACGUACUCCCUCUUGCCGCAGGCCUUGCGCAAGCAUCGGCUCAGACAGUACAACCUCUCGUCGCAAGGGCGCGAUCCGGCCACCGGUAUCGACACCGCCUCCCUUCGCCGACAGCAGUUCCUCAGCCAACGUCUCUCGCCGACUGCGUCGUCGUUCAUCCCUCCCGCGACGCCCCUCUCGGACCGAAGCGUCGUACCUCGAGGUAACUGGCAGUCCCCUCGGCCGCUCGUGAUUGUGGCGACGCCUCGGCCUACCCUCACGCCCAAGACGUAUAUACUAGAUUCGACGACGCCGAAGCCGCGCUCGUCGACGCGGCUCUUGAAAACCCUCAACGUGCGGGCGCGUGAAAGAAUCGACCUGCCGUUUUCCUCUCCCGCGUCUUCACCUUUCUACGAGGCUGCGGGGCUCUCUCCGCCGCCCUUCUCGUCUUUUCCCACUCCGCCUCCUUCCGAUAAUCCUCCCCAACCACGACCCCCGCCGACGCCCCCUAACAGCACGCCCCUGCGGGUAUACGACGCCCCACGCUUUGCCCACUCCCUCCGCGCCCCUUUCGUGCCCGCAAUCACACCUGUCCCCCUUUUCCCCACUGGCUCACCUCUGCCCCUCACCCCCACGGGCGCACCUCUGCCCCUCGUCCCUACUAGCAUACCUGUCCGCCGCCCUUUGCCUGUCGUCCCCACCCGUACACCUAUUCCUUCGCCUGUGUCACCUGGGCUUGUGUACGAGAGGCCCGUCUACGCGUCCACGCCGCUACCGCCGAGGCGACCUACUUUCUAUGAGAGUGUCGGAGGGAUCCCUGGAGUUCCCGGGACGCCCCACAAGGACUUCCCGAUGUACGCGACCAUCCCCGACACCACAUUCUCGUGUAAUGACCGCAUCACCGGGUACUACGCGGAUACUGAGGCGCGGUGCCAGAAAAUCACGCCAAACUGGCCAAAUACAUCUGCACUAUGA